AUGUUAGUAUUGAAAAACAUGUUCCAUGACAAAAUAAAACCAACUACAGAAAUAAAUGACGCAAGACUGAAACGUUGGGUAAAAGCUUUCCCAUUCACAAAAGAUAUUAUUGGUUACAUGGAAAGAAAACCAGAAUGGCUACAAAAACAUAUAUUUGGAAACGAGCUUAUUCCAUAUGGACAAGCUCUGUUUGAAGAGCUUGAACCGGAAACUCAGGAAAGAGUCAUGCAAACAAUAAGCGAAGACUCAAAUACAAACUAUGACAAAAUCUUUCUAGGAUAUAGGUUACCUGAGAUGGGCGACCAGAGCCCAAAGGCAAAAAGGACAUGGGAAAUUUACAACAUACUAGGUGAACAUGAGGCAAAGAUGCAACAACUUGAAGCAGAGGGCAAGUUACCAAAAGCGACACCAAAGAAGAAGAGAAGAGUAGAACAAAGUGAAAGUAGUGAAGAAGUAACUUCAUCUAGUGAAAGUAGUGGCAAUGAAGGAAAAAGAAGAGUUAAAAACUCAGUCAGGAAGAAAGUAAAGCUUGGUCCAAGUGGGUUCUAUUAUGAUAUAUAA